CCAAAACUGCGACGCUUGAGCGAGAGGGGGGAAGUCCCUUUGAAAGGCCGUGUAGCCGUAGUGGUAAAACAAAAUGAGAGACCGGGCCAGCACACAGCGCACGUUUGUGCGUCAUUCUCACCGAGGGGGGAAAACCCAGGCUUUUUUCAGCGUUAUGCGUUUGACCGAGUUCCACGCACCAGCCCAGCCAGCUCUCACUUUAACUUUAACUUUAGAAUUUCCCAAGUCCCUCGCUCUAUGUCAUUUGCAUAUAAAAGAGAAUCGGGCUUGCUUAUCGAUUCAUUUUGAAAGCUGAACUUGGACUUAACAGUAAGGAGUAUCUUCUCAUUGAUAAGUGAACAUACACAUUGCUUGGACAUUAUAAGCCGGGUUACAAAAAUUAAUAUCUCGGUAAGUCAUGUGAUCUUUUAGUUUUAUUCUUUGAAUUGUGUUAUGAACAUUUAAGCGCCGAAUCUUGUGAUGGGCGUAAUCAGAUAGUUCCAUUCGCGACUUUCUCAAUUUUAUAAUAGUGACAUAGGCUAUUUAAAUGAAUGUGAUUUAAUUUUAAUUUUUUUUUUUAAAAAAGGAGAUUUAGAAUAUAGCACCAGUUAAUAAAAUGUAUCGCUGAUCAAGAAGACACAAAAUCAUUUACUCUAUAUUUUAACGAAAAUGAAUUUUAACUUAAUAAAGACAAGAUGAGUUCCCUUAAAAUAAUUAAUGCAUUGCUAUCUAUAUGGUCUAUAGGCAGGCCCGGUUUAACCAUUAGGCGAACUAGGGCGGCACAUUUUUAGAGGGCGGCAAUAUUAAUUAAAUAAUUAGUUGCCGUGGGGGGGGGGGCGCAGUGCGACAGGUUUGCCGAGGGUGCCAAAUACUCUGGCGCCGGCCCUGAUUAUAGGCUGUCUAUAGGCCAUGUGUAAAAUUUCAUAAUAUCGUAAAUAAUUUUUUUAUUAAAUAAUUUAAAUAUUAUUUACAACGAGUUUGUCUACAAAUUUGUGCAAAAUAUGUGCUUAUUUACUUCUGCUAUUUAAGUUGUAUCAACUUAUAGUUUGAUUACUGUUAUUAUUAUAUUUUCCCUGUUAAACUUCAAGCCUUUAAAUUUAAACUAUAAUUAAGACGAUGAUUACUAUAGAAUCAGGCGGUAACGACAGUAUUUGCUUGAUUUAAAUUUAAACUGACUGUCUUUCACACGACAUCUCACCAUCAUGUUGAUUUAAUGAUUCUUCAGUGUUUAUCGUACGCUGGUUGGAAUGACCGAGAAAUCUAUAUUUAGAUCAUUGCAUUGGUCUUUGUUAGAGCACACAAUAAGCCUGGGGUUAAUGUGGUUUAGAAUAACAUCAAUCUACAUAGCUGAGGUCACUACCACAUACACAAACUAGUUGGUUUUCUUCUAUUGUUUGUGAACCCAAACUUUCUGCGGAUGCUCAGAUGGCUCUAUUAUUUGAUGGGUUCUUGAGGAAAUGAAGUUUAAACUAGCCAGUGUGCAGAAACGUCAUUUCAGGUUUUUUCAGGCGGGGGGGGGGGGGGGAGGGAUCGACACCCCCCCCCCCCCCCCGCUUGUUGAGUUGUUUAAUUACUGAAGGUACUACAGUACAUAGGAAUUUAAAUCAUCCAGGUUGGGGGGAGGGGGGUGCAAAUGCCCAACCCAAAAUGACGUCCCUGCCACUGAGCUACAAACUCUUACCAAUGCAUGACGUCCCUGCCACUGAGCUACAUACUCUCACCUAUAGUCCCCUCAACAUUAUACACUAUCAUGAACACAUUUCUUCUCAAUGACGUAAUUCAACCUUUAUUCUAAAAAUCUGCCCUAUAUAUAAAGUAUGACUCAAUGCUCCGGAUUCCGUCGAUGUCAGCAUUUAUUUUCAAACCAAGUUUUCCAACUUACACCCUGUAAUAAAAUCCGUACAAUCUUAUAAUAGCAACAUUAACAUAAAAGUUAUGUGUGCAUAAAAGUUGACUCUUCGUAGUAGUAAUGUUUAUUUUUAUUUCUGUCUACAGGACACGAGCUAGAAGCCCCAACACAAAAUCAUUGACAUCAUGUUCAGAUGUAAAGAGCACAAUCAAGGAGGCGUCCACUUAGUGGGCUUGAAGCCUCCAGACGUGACCAUGACGUCUGUGGACGAAGAACGCAUCGACUCCUUUUGUGACUCGGGUGUAGCCUCAAUGAUUUCCAUAGAAAGCCUCUCCAACAUGGGCGUGGAGUGCAGCCUCCCAAGCGUCAAAGAGGCGCCAGAAGAAUCUGAAAGACUCAACUCCAUCUCCAAAGGUUUUGAUAAGCUGAGAAUUGACAAUUCGCAACAGUCCAUGCCGAGCCGCGAUGAAGAAUCUGGAUUUUACAGUUUGCAUGGCACCGAAACAGCCACAGACUCUGGCAGUUUUCGCGGGUCUGGAUAUGAAUAUUCUGUGUCCCCAUCGGUUCAAGAAGACAACAGAACAUCCAUAAUUGUCCCAGCGUUACAGAGAAUAAGGCUGUUUGAAGGUGACAGGGACGGUGACAAUAAGCUACAUAUCAGCAUACUUCAGGGCGAUUCAAAACUCUCCAAUCUCCUCAUCAACCUCGCCCCCGAUUACACGUGGUUGAACUUAAGCAACCUCCUUCGUCAGACGCCGCUGCAUCUUGCCGUGCUGACCAACCAGGCCGCUAUUGUGCGGCGGCUGUUGUGCGCAGGGGCCGAGGCAACCGCACAGGACAGAGACGGAAACACAGCACUGCACAUAGCCUGCAGGGAGGGUUACGAAGACAUUGUCAGGCACCUGUUAAGGCCCGUCACGUACAAAGAGACCUGCGAGAACAUGUACGACAUUCCAUUCCAGAGACUGCCCCAAGACAUGAACGUCAGAAAUUAUGAGGGCGAGACGUGCCUGCACAUAGCCGUUCGCCACGGCCACCCCAGCAUAGUCAAUCACCUGCUGGAUGUGGGAGCGGACAUCAAUGUAGGCGAUGGCAAAAGCGGGCGGACGGCGCUGCACAUAGCGUCGGAGUUGAACAAUGUGGACUUAGUCAAACUCAUCUUGUACAGAAGUGAUGCUAAGGUCGAUGCCAGAAACUAUGCCGGCCUCACACCAGUCCAGCUGGCGUACGGCAGGGGUCAUAAAGACAGUGUUAACGCCAUCUGCAGGCAUACUGGAGUGUACAGUGAAGUUUCAUUGAGUGACAGCUCCGACGCCGAUGAUUAUUCAGACGAGGAAAUGUAUUCGGAUUCUGAUUAAAACACAUUUUUUUUUCUACAUGAAUUGAUUAGUGGGAAUGUGAGCCAAAGAGAAUGUAAAAACUUCCGGGAAUGCAAACUUUGGAAAAAUGUUAGUGAGGGUGCUAUUGAACGAUUGUGUUUGCAAUUGUGCGGUUGAGAACACAGAAAAAUAUAGUAUUGUAAAUUAUAAUUGUCAACUUUUUGCGUUGGCAUUGACAUUAUUGACCCCUGACAAUCCCAUCUGUUAAAGUUAAAGAGGUUAUCUGAACAAUGAUACCUUAUGAAUUAUAGAAACCAAAAAAAAAAAACAAAAAAAAACCACAUAUAUUUUCUAGGCCCAAUGGUAGUAAAUACUGUAUUUAUUUUGAACCCUAAUUGUCCUAAUGUGUUUGCAUAAGCAACUAUAUGUAUUUAAAAUGUCCAUUUUUAACAAUCUUUAACUUUAAUUUAUCGAUGCCUUGGUUUUCAAGGGGGAGCAACUAUGGAUAUAUUUUUAAAACUAAAAAGUAGGAUUACCUUUCUGGUCUUACUAAAGGAAUCACUAAAAAAAAUACAUUUGAAUUUUUUUUUUUUUUAAAUAUGUAUAUUUGUGAAUGAAAAUAUUUAAUAGAUUGAGAGGUGAAAGUGAUUAAUUUAAAACAUUCCUUAAUUAAAAUGUAUUUUUCAAAGUAACUCUUGUUAUCAAAGUGCAAUGACAAAAAUAGGCCCAUCAUGUAUGACAACCCCCCACCCCACCCCCACCAAAUCUUGGAUGUAUGCACUCCCCUCUCUUUUUUUUUUUCUUCUUCUUCCUUCUCAGGAAUUUUCUCUGUCUGAAUAUCAGUGUUGUGAUUUUCCUUUCUCUUUUAACAGUGGGAGCGAACCAUUAAGUAUUUCUAACCAACGUUGUAAUUUAUGACUUAGUAACAUAUUCAGUUUGUACAUAUAUGCACUGUGCAGUGGUAAUGUUAACUCAGGCGAGUACUUACCUACCAUAGGGUGGAGACUUGUGAUCAUUGGAUUUUCUUUCAGUAAUUUUAGUUUUUUUUUUUUAUUUAACAAAAGAAUCGGAAAUAAUCAUGACAAAAUGGCUCGAAUUCUCUUUAAAAAAUCCAGCAACAAUGACAAGUGUAACAAAUAAAAAAAAAUUAUAAUAACAGAUCAACCUAUUUGUCUUAACUUAUUCAAUGUUAUUUUUUAAGGUGUUGAAACAAUUUUAUUAAAAUUAAAAAAAAAUAAAAAAUCUUAUCUGGUAUGAAAUGAACUGAUAUGUUAUCUUAUUUAUUGAAUUGUGUAAUUUGUAAAUAUAUAUAUAUAUAUAUUCUUGUGAACAAUAAAAAUAAAUGUCUAUUUUACUUGACUCAUGAAUUGCUUCCAUUUCUUUUUCAACACAUUUUAUAUUCUGAUAAAUAUAAUUCGUUUUUCAUUCUAGCUACAUUGAAUUGUCAGUACAAAAACCUGCCUAAUUUUAAUGUUGUGUAUAGUAUAAUGAUUACACUAGAUUCAAGCUAGUUAAUAAAAAAUAAU